AUCGGCUACUGGAACGCCAACGGGGCUAAUAUGGAGGAAAGACUGAACAUCAGCGAAGAAUGGUCGUCCAUCUUCUCCACAGCGACACUGCAGAAUAAAACACUGAUUGUGACAACUUACCUCAAUGAUCCGUACUGCAUGCUCAGGGAUACGUCGGAGACCAAGUACGGCAAUGAUCGAUUCGAGGGCUUUGUCAUUGACCUCAUCGGAGAGCUGUCAGAGCUGCUUGGCUUUAAAUACGUCUUCAAGCUAGUGGAUGAUGGCAAAUACGGCUCAGUUAAUGAGAACGGCACGUGGAAUGGACUCAUUGGCGAAGUCAUCAACAAGGUCGCCGACAUUGCCGUGGUCGACUUGACAAUCACACUAAAACGUGCCGAAGCAGUGGACUUCACCUUGCCUUUUAUGAACACUGGAAUAUCCAUCCUCUUCAAGAAGCCUACCACCAAAGUGACUACACUUUUCAGUUUCCUCUCGCCAUUCACCGGCCUGGUGUGGAUUUCUCUCCUGUCUGCCUACAUUGUCGUCAGCACAAUACUUUUUAUAGUGGGAAGAAUGUCGCCCUAUGAAUGGGAGAAUCCAAACCCAUGUCAACAGGACGAUGAUGUUCUGGAGAACAACUUUAGCCUAACUAAUAGUUUCUUUUUUACAAUUGGCUCAAUGAUGCAGCAAGGCUCGGAACUGACGCCUAAAGCAAUGUCUACAAGGGCCGUGGCCGCUAUUUGGUAUUUUUUCACGUUGAUUAUGAUCAGCUCGUACACUGCCAACCUGGCUGCCUUUCUUACCGUAGAGAAAGUCAUUUACCCGAUCAACUCUGCGGAAGAGCUGUCUCGCCAAACAAACAUCGAGUAUGGCUGCCUUAAAUCAGGCUCAACAGAGAACUUUUUCAAGGAGACAAAGAUAAAGGUGUUUGCAGAAAUGUGGAAGUUUAUGCAAAGCCGCCCUCAUGUGUUUAUGAGCAAAAAUGACCAAGGUAAAAAGCGUGUAGAGCAGGGCGGUUACGCAUACCUGAUGGAGGGUGCCAGCAUUGAGUACAUUGUCGAGCGGAACUGCAAUCUAACGCAAAUCGGCGGACUGCUGGACACCAAAGGCUACGGCAUUGCUCUGAGAAAGAGUCCGAUCGACUCGAAGUACCGCCACCUGCUCUCUCAAGCCAUUCUCAGCCUGCAGGAGUCAGGCAGACUGCACCUGCUGAAAGACAAGUGGUGGAAGCAGAAGAAGGGCGGCGGCCAGUGUCUGGAGGACUCCAAGAAGACCUCCUCCACUGUGACCGCCCUCAAGAUUGACAAUGUUGGUGGCGUCUUCGUGGUGCUCAUCGGCGGCCUCAGUCUCGCCUUCCUGGUUGCCAUCUGCGAGUUUCUCUGUGACUCCCGGAAAAUGAUGCAGACCUGUGUUUUCUAG